AAAGCCGGAUAUCUAAAAGGCAGAAAUGAGCGUGAAUUAAUCAAAGCUCGAUCCACGGUGAUCAAACACGGCAAGUCUUCAAUACAGAUAAAGAUGAGGCACUUGUCCGCUGAAACAGUACUCGGGAUUUAUCCAUUUAAAGAUCCUCAGAAGCAAGCCGAGGAGCGACAGAGAAAAAUAGAUCCUAAUAAAAAGAGACGGAGCUUUGAAAAAAAUUCAAGCUUCGGCGAUCUCUCAACAAGCGCUGUGAUGAAUGAUUAUCUUGGUCGAGUGCCACCACCGGCUCAUCACAAUUUAAACCAGCCUCAAAAUGGGUACUUUGAUUUUGAGAGAUGGAACUUGGCUAGUGGAUCGAAGAUGUUUCCAGGACCUACGGGGACUUUUCCCUCGCAGAGCACUCUUCAUGCUGGAAAUUACGUGGGUACCUCGGGCAAUCAUCAUCAGUCGCUGAUAAAUCCGCACCAUGCGGCUCCGAUACCCGGGUACUUUCCGGCGUUUCACUUACCACCUGGACAUCAUCCUCAUGAGUAUCAUCAGUCUUCUAUGGAUGUUAAUUCUAUUGGGUACAUUGGCGAUAAUUCAGCAGCUGGACACCAUCAGCACCUACACCAGCAGAACUCCGGGUACCAAGAUUUCAGAGACGACCAGCCGAAAGUAAUAGUGCCGAACAUCGAGGAGGAGCUGGGCUUUCUCCAGUCGAGUCAGUUGCCAGUCGAGACUGCUAAUCAGGUGAACAGGGAUCUAAAGCCGGCGUGCAAAGACCCCAAUACCGGUUUUAUGACAAGCUACUUGAAGUUUUUGCAGGGCGAGCGAGAACCCUCGCCACCACCUGCGAUUCGCGGAGGAAGGAAGGCCACUUGGAACAGGUCGAAACCUUACUUGCCACACGAGCCGAUUAAAUCGAUCGGCGAUAUCACCACCACUAUUGGGACGAGCAACGGGGAACUUUACAAGGGACUUAAUUCGGUGAAAGACACACCGACAAUUGAUUACGCAAAUGAUCCACGGUACUUUCCCUUGCCGAAAGAACGUAAGAAGCCUUACAUUGAUUCCAGCGACGACGGUAUUAUGAGCGAGGACGAUUUUCCAUUUACCUUGAAAAAGAGUGAUAAGAAUAAGUUGACUAGUAAUAAUAAUAAUAAUCAUCAUAAUAGUAAUAAUAAUAAUAAUAAUAAUAAUAAUAAUAUGACGGGUAAUGUCGAUGUGGUUAAACCACCGCCUAAAAAAAAGGGACGUCCGAUAAAACCCGGUGGCCCGACAGACAGAAAGAGAAAAGCCGCUGCAGCGGCUGCCGCGGCGGCGGCUGCUGACCUAGCUGCUGGUAGGCCACCGAAAAAACCCGACAGUAAUUUGUUAUUGUUACCACCUAGGCGUGAAACGUCUAAACGUAAAGCUAAGGAAAAGAUUUCGACUAAACAGCUUGCUGAAAAUUCGGAUGACGACGAGCAGGGUGACUCUGAUUCUGAUCCAGCUUGGACUCCUGCCGCUAAGCUUACUGGUGAUGAUGAUGAGAAGAAGAAAAAACGUGGUCGUCCGGUUAUCAGUAAAAAAAUUAGAAAAAUGCUCGAUGAUGAUGAUUAUUCGUCGAGUGAUUUAAUUCCGAGAAAAGGAAGAAAAAAAUCUGAUCAUAAAAAUUCGGUUUUGAAAAUAGAUGAAAAAUUGUUGGCUUCUGUUAGCGAUGAGGAUAUUGAUAUAUCACCUUUUAAGCGUUAUAAUGAGGAUAUUGAAACUGGGUCGGGUGAGUUUGUUGUUAUCAAAGCCGAGUUAAAGGAAGAGUAUCCGGCAUUGUGGAGAAUAGACGGUAAAACUUUGCUGCAAAAAUACGAGCCAUUUGAUUCAAAUGGUAAAACACUGUACCGAAAUAUUUCAACGUACUCGGGUUGGACACCACAAAAUCGACAUAUGUAUCAACAAGUUCCAGUCAAGUUUUGGCAGCAAGGAAAAUUGGAGACCAUUGUUGAAUUUUUAAGAGACGAAAUGAUUGUUGAUGAUAGAGAGUGUAUUAAUCGGUCUAUUAAAGAAAAUGAAAAAUAUCAGGACAAUUUUGAAGUUUACGUUCAGACACUGAUAUCUCAGGCGCUGGAUUCAAAUUUCUUGACGGAAAUUUUCCAAGAGCAUGACGAGUAUUUCUUGUCGAAUGUUAAAAUGAUAGACGAAAUAACGGAGGACCGAAAGCGACGAUUGUUGUCGACAACUAAAUGGCAAACUAAUGUCGUGACAGCAAUAUCCACGUGGCCUUGCUUGAAUGUAUUGAAAGACUUAUCAAGCUCUGAAUGUAAAGGUAAACAGUGCAUUGGCUGUCAGCAUAAUCAAAUUCAUGCCAGAGUGUUGUUAUACGGACAACCGUACAAUGCUACAACUUUAGAAGGUUCUCCUCCAGACCCUACAGUGCCUCAUGAAAAGGACUUUUUACUGUGUAGAGUAUGUCAAACAAAAGUUGCGUUAUUUAACAAAGUAGCGCAUCAAAAAUAUCUAAUGUUCCUCGAAUGUGCUCGAAGAGUUGCUGAUAGAAGAAUAGCGGAUCCUAAUAAAGAUACAACGACUAUUCUUAACGAAUUAUUAGCCGAUGAAACGUGGCUCAAUCAGUUAUUUAAAGAGGUACGAACAAUUUGGGCGGAAAUUGAUAGUAUAGAAUACCAAUUAAAAUUCAAAACAAAAAUAAAUAAUCCACCACCAUCACAACCAGAGAAUCAAGACUUAAAUUCUGAAGCGUCCAAUGUGCCAUUAAAUACAGAUUUGGAAUUGUCUACGCAACAAAUCGAAAGUAAUAAUUGUUUGUUAAAUCCUGAUACUAAUAACGAGGAUAUAAGUGCCAAUAUAUCCUAG